AUGCCUCCUGAACUGUUCCUAUUGCGUAUCCACGCCCUGGCGUGGCUUGAGAAUGUUUUCUCGAGUCGGGCGAGUUAUCCCGUAAAAGCACUUGGGCGGGCGGGAAUAUUUGGAAACCUCAGAGAUAGGUUUGAUGUGGAUACAGAAACGAUUGAUAGCCAAUGGACCUCCAAAGCACAUAAACUCGAGCGUAGCUGGCUGAUCGAGGACCUCCAAAAACUCGCUGCAGAUAAAUCUGUGCGAAUAACUAUCCUAGGUCACAGAGGUGACGCUCAAGUCGCAGCGAUUGGACAGUUCUACUCCAACCCCAAGCUACAAAUCCCCAAAGAUCAGGACUACAGAUAUAUACCUAAUGUGAUAUCUUCGUCGAUUGUUAAUGCACCCGCAUCGGAAAUGGUGGUGGAUGCUCUCAAUAAACGAAACAAGGUUCACUUUCUGGAUACGAAAACGAUGGAGGACAUGCGAGAAAUAUUUGCGUUUGAUGUUGAUGGAAAGUCGCGAAGCAACAAACGCCUCCUUCCCAGAAGGAACUGGUGUUCUAUUCGAGAAUAUACUCCUGGGUCUACUCCACCACAGACACCUACGGAAUCGGAACCUCCCAGUCUACUGGAGAACCGCCCUGGAAAGUUGAUGAGAUCCCUAUCCCUGUCUAGGGGCGAUGGAAAACCUUCAUCUCUGCUUCGGAAACUAUCUCAGCGAGGCGGACCGCCACCAUCUCGCAAACUCUCGUUACGCGGAUUCGAGAAACGCCGUAUGAGCUAUGACGGCUCCCCUUCUACCGCUACACACGCAAGAGAUAGUUACUUCCCACCGCAACCCCAAAGACUCAUGACGGCCGGAAACCAACAGACCGACGACACAACACAACCACCGCGACACCCAAAUAAGUUUCUCCGUCGUCGUACGGACCUAUCGGCCAAGGAAAUAAAAGAAGAAGCAAAGGGCGGAGCCUUCCGUUUGAAAAACUUCAUAAAUGUGGAAGGGGGCCUUGAUAUCACGUUGAACUGUGAGACGAACCCACGAGACCCGGCGGGAAUCACGCAUCCGUAUCGAGUGCUGGUACCUGCGCUGCGGUUCGAGGGCGAUUUCGAACCGAGUGAGCCGCGGGUGAAGAAGCAUUGGUGGAAGAUUAGUCGGGGGAGGAAGAAGGCUGAGCAGCAUAGUAAUGAGGAACAAGUUGGGAGUGAAGCCCUCAUCCAGCCAGUUGAAGAUAUGGGCCAAGGACAAAGCCAUGGGCAUGGUCAGAGCCUUUCUGGCCAGAAAUACGAACAGGAGGGCCCCAACCACAUGGCACGGCAUCCUCUAAAGAAUCACGAUAAUGAUUAUGAUGAUGGUUACGAUGAUAAUGAUGAUGAUGAUGAUGAUGAUGAUGAAUACGAUGAUGAGGUCGGAUUACCACCAUUACCGCAGCCGCCACCAGCGGGUGUCCAGUCAGUUUCUGCGCCAUCUGGUGGCCUGGCUACGCCUCAACCCAGAAAGAAAUGGCUUGGAAUCAUUUAG